AUGAAACGUUUCGAAGGUAAAACGGCUCUGGUUACGGGCGCGUCGCUCGGAAUCGGGCGCGGCAUCGCCCUGUGCCUGGCUGAGGAGGGCGCCAAUGUGGUGGUGAAUUACCGCUCGCACCAGGCUGAAGCAGAGAGCGCGGCCGAGGAGAUUCGCCAACUGGGCGGCGAGGCGCUAGUCUGGCAGGCGGACGUUUCCGAUCGCGACGCAAUCGCCGCGAUGUUCAAGGGCGCGGUCGACCGCUUUGGCCGCAUUGAUGUUGCAGUUGCCAACGCUGCUAUCUCGUUCGGCGUUUUCCACACAUGCCAACUGGCCGCGCAGCAGAUGCUGAAACAGCCGCGAAUGGGGCGCAGCCGCGGCAAGAUCGUUGUCAUCAGUUCGAUUCACGAGGAGAUCGCUUUCCCCAGCAGCGGGGCCUAUAAUAUGUCCAAGGCGGCCAUCAAUCACCUGGCCCGCACGAUGGCAGCCGAGUUGGCAGGGCAACGCAUCAAUGUCAAUGUGAUCAAUCCCGGUUGGAUCGACACGCCGGGCGAACGCAAGCAUUUCAGCGAAGAGGAUAUAGCCGAGGGCAGCCGCCGUUUACCCUGGGGGCGGAUGGGCGUGCCGGAGGACAUCGGCAAGGCGGCGGCUUACCUCGCCAGCGACGAUGCCGACUACGUGACCGGCACGAUCCUGCGCGUGGACGGCGGCUUUGUUCACGGCCUGGUGCUGCCUGAAGCAGCGGCGGAGACAGCUUGA